CAACCUUCUUUUCAAAAAAUGUCAACCAUCUCAUCUCGAUUUCAAAAAAUUCAAUUCAGAAAUUUCUCAUCCGCUGCAACCCUUGAUGGUAUUCCGGUUACAUUUAUUAUAUCGAAAUUACAUCAAUUGGGUCCGGUCUAUUUAGGUGAUAAAUCUACAUCAUUCGCAGCGUUGCAUGUGAAUGGUAUAGAAAGACCAUUUUGGGUUCAUAAAGAAUGGUUAAUGUUGCAAUCAAGUUUCUUUCAAGAUAUUUUUGAACCCGUUAAAGCAAAAAACACUAUAAUCGAAAUUAAUGUACCUUCUCCUGAAAAUUUUGAAUCUUUAUUGGAAUUUUUAUAUGAUGGUGAUUCUGACAAAUUGUAUGAUACCCUUACUCAAGAUAAUUAUUACAACGUUUGGAAAAAUAUAGAAUAUUUAGGCCUUGGACCUGAAAUUAGAGCCAUCUGUAUCGCUUUUUAUCAAAAUCAG